AUGGCUGUUCAUAAGAAAUUUGUUGAAUUUCCUUUGAUAUUCUUUUUGUCAUAUAUUGAACAUACGAGGAAAUCGCUCGUGAAAUUCAGUAUAUGUCAUAACAUUCUUAUUGUUAUAUUACUUAUAGAGUUUUUAAUAAUUUGGUGGAUCAGAAAGUUUAAGCAUUCAUAUUUGUAUACCGAUCCUUAUGAGCCAAUUGUUCAUGAAACUUUUGGAGUCGAUGAAGCUGGACUUUGGAAUAUAAUAGUACAAACGAUAUAUGACUUUUUUGUUGAAAUAAUGACUGGAGGUCAUGAAUUUGGGCAUUCAGAUUACGAUAG